AUGUCUCUUGUUGCUGAUUACAGCUCGGACGUUUCGAAUAGUGACGAAGAAAUCUUAUCAACUGAAAUAAGUAGGGAAGCUCCAGAAAAUACUAUAUCUUCUUUACUUCCACCACCAAAAACCUUGUCUAAAAGCAAGAAGGAAGGUCCUGUAAAAAUUGUAGUUGACUUACCGCAAAUCAGUCAAAUAGAUCUUGAGGAAGAAAAUGUAUCAAAGAAACCGAAAACAAGCAGUUCAAAAAAUAGUUUAUUUGCACUUUUACCGGCACCCAAAAGAACUAUAACAAAUGAGCGGAGACCAAACGAUAAUGGAUCAACAACUCAGGCUGCAUUAAAAACAACGAAUUUUAUGCCUCAUGCGAUCACAAGAAAGAAACCAGCCAUACAAACAAAAUCCGAUAAUUCAUUAGGUUCUGAGUUUAAACAAUUAACUACAAGAAUUGAAGAUAAUACUGGAGACAUAAACACAAUCACAGAAUCAUUUUUUCCGUUAGGGCCUGAGAUAACGAAUAUAAAAUCAAUUAAUGAGACCAAGGAUGCAUCUACAACUUUUUUUACCACUAGAGACAAUGUCGAAUCCUAUGCAAGUGCAGGUGCUUCGAGCGCAACUGACAGUCCUUUUCCCACAGAUGGAUAUACAUAUAACGAAUAUAACAAAUAUCAUAAUGAUGGCCAGUGGCAAGAAAAUGCAAAUACUUACGUAGAAUACCAGGAAAUCUAUGAUGAACCACAAGGCAGUGAGCAGACACAAUUGAAUUGGGAGCUAGAUGACGAAAUGUUUCAAAAACUGGGAGGCCGAAGAGGAAAGAGGGAGGGACCAAUUAAAAUUAAAGAAAUUAACGCAGCCGAUCAAAUGGCUGAUUCAUGGCAAUCUCAGGUUGCCAAUUUGUCAAAACCGACCAGAGGACCAAGCGAAGGAUCUGCGCGUUUAAAACCCACUAGAGGCCAGAAGAGGAGACAUAACCUAAUGUAUCUAGCUUUUCAUGCAACUUCAAUGGAAAGUGAAUUGAAAGAACAGCAUGCAUCAAAUAAAAAAACCAAGAGAGAAACACAAGCAAAAUAUG